AUGGCUGAGGAGAGACUCAUGACGAGAACUCCGUUUCCUGCAUCUGCUGAAUCUCAGAAACCCAGGCUGAAAAAAGAGGUACAGUUUCCGAUUUUGGAGAAGCAGAACUGGUUGAUACAUCUCCACUAUAUCCAGAAGGAUUAUGAGGCAUGCAAGGCUAUUAUCAAGGAGCAGCCGGAGACUCAGGGCUUAUGUGAAUAUGCUAUCUAUGUCCAAGCAUUAAUAUUUCGCCUGGAAGGAAAUAUCCAAGAAUCCCUAGAACUCUUUCAGACAUGUGCUGUUCUCAGCCCUCAGUGUGCUGAUAACCUCAAGCAGGUGGCCAGAUCUUUAUUUCUUUUGGGAAAACAUAAAGCUGCCAUUGAAGUAUAUAAUGAAGCAGCUAAACUUAACCAGAAAGAUUGGGAGAUCUGUCACAACUUGGGAGUCUGCUACAUUUAUCUGAAACAGUUCAGUAAGGCACAAGACCAGCUGCACAAUGUCCUCCAUCUUAACAGGCAUGAUUUGACUUACAUAAUGCUAGGGAAGAUCCACUUGCUGGAGGGAGACCUGGACAAGGCCAUCGAAAUCUACAAGAAAGCAGUGGAGUUCUCGCCAGAAAAUACGGAACUUCUUACAACUUUAGGACUACUCUACUUACAGCUUGGUAUUUACCAGAAGGCAUUUGAACACCUUGGAAAUGCACUGACUCAUGACCCUAUCAACUACAAGGCCAUCUUGGCAGCAGGCAGCAUGAUGCAGACCCACGGGGACUUUGAUGUUGCCCUCACCAAAUACAGAGUCGUAGCUUGUGCUGUUCCAGAAAGUCCUCCGCUCUGGAAUAACAUUGGAAUGUGUUUCUUCGGGAAGAAGAAAUACAUGGCAGCUAUCAACUGCCUGAAGCAAGCCAACUACUUGGCUCCCUUCGAUUGCAAGAUUCUGUAUAAUUCGGGCCUUGUCCACCUGACCAUGCAGCAAUAUGCGUUGGCUUUCCAUUUCCUCAACGCAGCCAUCAACCCGCCAAAGAUGGGGGGGCUCUACAUGCUCUUGGCUGUGGCCCUGACCAAUCUGGAAGAUCCAGAGAACGCCAAGAAAGCCUACGCAGAAGUCACCCGCCUGGACAGGGUAGAGAUGGCCCAGAAACUGGGAGCUGCCCUCCAGGUUGGGGAGGCACUGGUCUGGACAAAACCAGUUAAAGAUGCCAAGUCAAAGCACCGGACCACUUCAACAAGCAAAGCUGCCGGUGUCCAGCAGCCUCUGGGCUCUAAUCAAGCUCUGGGACAGGCGAUGUCUUCAGCAGCUGCACACAGGAAGCUCCCCUCAGGUGCUGGAGGGACAUCCCAGCUCACAAAGCCACCAUCUCUGCCUCUGGAGCCAGAGCCCACUGCGGAAGCACACCCAGCUGAAGCAUCAGCACAAAUAAGAGAAAAACAGGAGUAG